UUGAUCCCAUGCAGCUCCGCCCCCCUCUUUAGUGAGCCGCGGUCCCGUGAAGUGACAGGGGGACCCAUGCGGGUGUCCAGCUGGGGAUUGAAUCCACUUGUGCAGGGAACCUAAGGGGUUGCUGGAAGGUGGCAGCUGUAGGCACUGCUUGGAACUGCCCCAAGAGAAAAGGGCCUGGGAGCGUUACCUCAAGGCAGGCCCAGGCACCCUAAAGAUGUGGCUUUUGCAUCUGUAAUACAGACUUUUUUCUCUCUUUCUUUUCCAUUUAAUUCCCUCGCGGUGAAACCGAAAUGAUGAUUGCACUUUGGGCUCCUUUUCUCCUCGCGUGUGUUCCUUUUGCGGCUGGGGCCCUCAUUCCAGAAGCCGAAGUGACGGUUGAGGUGCUCCAGAAGCCAUUUAUCUGUCACAGGAAGACGAAAUGGGGGGAUAUGAUGCUGGUCCAUUACGAAGGCUACUUGGAAAAAGAUGGUUCCAUGUUUCACUCCACCCACAAGCAUAACAAUGGUCAACCCAUGUGGUUUACGCUUGGCAUAAAGGAAGCUAUUAAAGGCUGGGACAAAGGCUUGAAAGAUAUGUGUGUAGGAGAGAAGCGGAAACUGACAAUUCCACCAUCCCUUGGUUAUGGAAAAGAAGGGAAAGGAAAAAUUCCACCUGAGAGCACACUUAUAUUCAACAUUGACCUACUAGAAAUCAGAAAUGGACCAAGAUCACAUGAGUCAUUCCAGGAAAUGGAUCUUAAUGAUGAUUGGAAGCUAUCCAAGGAUGAGGUGAAAAUUUAUUUGAAGAAGGAAUUUGAAAAGCAUGGAGCAGCAGUAAAUGACAGCCAGCAUGAUGUUUUGAUUGAAGACAUCUUUGAUAAAGAAGAUGAAGACAGUGAUGGGUUUAUAUCUGCCCGGGAGUUCACAUACAAGCAUGAUGAGCUGUAGAGAAGCCCAGCCUAAUAAUUCUCCAUGUCACAGAGGUGGCAGUGACUUACAAAUUGUCUAGCUUUGUAAAAUUUUUAAUUCAGCAUUUGGAGCUGACAGGAACAAAUGGAAAGAAAAAACAUUGUUUUUCUAUACAAAAAGGGACUUCUGUUGAUGAUCCAAAAUGCUUUUAACUAUUUUUAGAUAUUAAAACAAAGCCGCUUUUGUAAAUCUUUUGAACUGCUGCACCUGGCAGCAAUAGUGUUUCAUUUACUUUGUAUUAAUUUAUUUUGCAGUUAUGAAACCAACAUGUGAUAUAACAAAUAUUGCUAAAAAAUCAGAAUCCAGCUUAAUGCUUACCUUGUAUUGUUUUCUUAUGUGCUAAUGACAAACAUUUGAGUUACUCUCUUUGAUAGUAUACUUCUUAUUUAAUUUUUAAUUUAUGGCUUAAUUAUUUCACCUUGCUUUUUCUAUGCAAAUCAGAAUUUGAAGAACAGAAGCAAAAUGUGCCACACUGUUAAUAAGAGGUACACUGCAAAGGUCAGACAGUUCUCGUUGGUCUUUUCAACUCUAGCAAUAUAAUGUAAUCUACCUGUAUGUGAACAGGAAACAUUACCGAUAUCUGAUCAUUUAUUUUUGUAAGCUUAUUAGUGUGUGCCUCAUGUGCCUAAGCCAACCAUGUAUCUUGUAUUUAUUAUGAUGCUAUGAUCUAGAGUCAAAGGGGGAGUUAGAGAUCAGCAGGGGUUUGGGGUUUUAGUUUUGUUGUUUUUUUUUUUAACUAUUACAUAAUAACAUUGCAGUUUGGCUGAGCUGGAGACAGAAUUUGUGUGUGCGGUCUUUGAAAAUUGCAAACUACAGAACAACAAAUAACUCUUUUAAGUAACUUAUUCCUUAUCUUUCAGAAACUCGGGAACAUAGGACUAAAAGGGCCUCCGGGGCCAUUGAUAAACACCUCCUUGUUUGCAGGCAGUCAUUUACCUAAAUAAUUCCCAAUAUCUCCACUUCAAACUCUCAUACACAAUUAUGUUCAUGCAAAAAGACUACACCUUUGUCUUCAUGACCUCUUUGGUCUUCCACCAAAUGCUAAAACCUCAUGUUUCCUGACAUGAGGUAAAAAGGUAUCCUAAAAAGAGCCCCAUUACAGUAGCUCAACUGCUGUGUCACUGCCUUGUAGAACUUCUGUUUUGCCAUUACGUAUUAAAAACACAGUUUAACGUUAAAAGGGUAUAUACUGUAUGUUUCUUACAAUGUUCUGUGAGUGGUAUGAAAGUAAGUUAAAUAAGGGUCCUGACUUUUUAAGCAAUAAAGUCAUUUAGAAAUUCA